AUGUUUCCAUGCGUUGGUCGCAUUUUAGGUGGUUUCAUCGCACAAUACAUCGGCGUCCUCGCUAGCAUCAGGGUCUUUGCGUCACCUGGAGGUACUAUCUUCUCAUGGACACAGACUGCGAUCGCGAUCGCGGCAAUGCUGCACACCCCCGAUACACAUUGGCCCGAGCGCGUCGGGCACAUCGCGAGCAGCACGUUACCCUACAUCCCUUUUCGCUUCAGGAAGUUUCCGGUACCAUUGCUGUUAGCUGUUUGCGCAAGCAAUUCUCUGGGUCAAUUGUUUGGGUACGUCUCAAUGAAGCACUUCUAUCCGGUGCUAUCAUCCGAGGAAGUUGGAACGCUUAGAUUCCUUGCAAUAUUUGUUGCUUUUCCGGUGAUUAUCGCGAGUAUCGUCGCGAGCAUUCCCGGGAGCCUUGCGUUUUACUUCCUAGGUACGGACGUCGAACUGUCUUCAGUGGUCGUAAACUACACACUUGGACACAUUUCAGGAACGAUAACACUACUGUACCCUCUACUGAUCGUGCCGACCCUAUGGAAAACCCGACCUCGAUCGCCCAACGCGCUGGUUUGCGGCAUCAGCGCUUUCCUCGGAAUCACAUCUAUGUGUCCCGUUUCUAACUAUCACCUCUUGGGUUUGGCGUCGAUCGUCGGAAUAAUGUAUGCUCUGCUUAUUGGAGUCAGUGCAUAUGUUGAUCAGUUCCAAGCAAGUCUCGUCCAGCUUGCGUUCACGGGGUCAAUCUUAGGGUUCACGGCGGCUGGCCGAGGACCUUUUGUGCAUGUCACCAAGGGUGGUGAAGCAGAAGAGGUGUUGAUAGGUAGUACUCAGAUGGGAAUCGCGGCGCUGUCGGCCUUGAACGCAUUCGUGGUCAUUCUGGUAUCACAGCUCCGCGAUCUACAGAAGUUCGAGAGGAUCUCUCGUUGUCAAGCGGAAGAGCUGGCUGAGAGGCAGACCCUUGACCUAUACCGGAUCGGGCACGAUAUGAAAAACAAUGCAACUUUAAUUCAGACAAUAUGCGAGGUCGGUGAGACCGAUGCGGACAACAGAAUUCUGGAAACUGUGAAGUCCGUCAACAUUCUUGGCAACGUGCUAGUGUCUGACAUGGUCGACAUGGUCAACGGCAAGCAAGUACACCGUGUUGUCCCCAAAGAAGAUGUCGACAUCGCAGAGCUGUUGAAUGUGUAUUCCAUGGUUGGUACGGGAUUGCUGCUGUUGGAGGGAAAGGACAAAGACAUCACAGUGGGCGUGAGAAUCGACGACGACGGCGAAAACUUCGGAGCACAGACCAACAGGGAGCGCCUCCAUAAAAUCGUGUGUAACUUGCUGAGCAAUGCCGUCAAUGGCAUUGGUCUAAGCGAGGCCGACGUUUGCAAAGUUUUUGAUCUCUUUUUCAGGAGCGGAAGAGCAUCACAGAUCAAUUCGGGAACUGGCCUUGAAGUUUCGAGUCCCGGCGAGGGUAAAGGAAGCACGUUCACGCUUUUUUUGCCACGAAAACGUCGCAGCAUCGUCUCCAGACAAAAGCAGGUAUCGACGCGAUUUUCGUUUCGCGUUCUUGCGAUGGACGAUUCAGUCCUGAUCCUGAGACCAUUGUCGAAGUACUUGAGUUCGCUUGGUUGCGAGUUCGAUGUGGUGAUCACCGACAGCUUCAUCGGAGACGAGACGGGAAUAGAUUUUUUUUGCAGCGUGCGGAGAGGUGGGGUGAUGGGAUUGCCAAGAGAUUUGCCAUCCAUUCUUUGCAGCGGUGAUAGUCACGAGUCCGGCGAUCCCAGAACUCUUUCGAUCACAAAACCUUUCUCGGUGGCCGACAUUUGUCAUGCUCUCAAUAUUUUUGCGUCGUCGUCGGAAGUUUAG